AUGGAAAAUUGUAAAGAUAACACGACACUGUAUAUUAGUAACUUAAAUGAGACAGUCGCUGUCAACGAACUACGAAAAGCUCUCCUCGCCGUUUUUUCACAAUUCGGAAGGGUUUCGAAUAUCUUUGCGUCUAGAAGAUACAAGCUAAGAGGCCAGGCAUGGAUCGUAUUCGGUAAUUCUCAGUCCGCAGACAACGCAUUACAUGUUCUCCAGGGUUUACCGUUCUAUAGCAAGCCAAUGAAUAUUGCUGUUGCUCUGAAGUUUCCAUCCGCAAGUAUGAAGAUUAAUUCUUCAGAGUUACCUCAGAAAUCGAGUGAGCAAUGCAUUCAUUCUUCCGGUAUCAGCUCAAUGAGGAGAAGUGGAGAGGAUGUCGGGAUUGAUCAAGAAAAGAAGGGAGAAGAUAGGGAAGAGCACAAAAAUAAGUUGAAAAGUGCUAUACUUUCUGUUAAAGGUUUGCCAGGUUUUAUACUUAACUUUAAUUUUGAAUUACUCGGAUUUACUUUUCUUUUUAUAACAGAAGCUACCACAGAUCAAAUGCUAUCUCUUUUAUUCAAACAAUUCCCAGGUUUUCAAAGGGUUAGAACAGAUUCUGAGAAACCCGGUCUAGCUUCAGUCCAGUUUCGAUGUGCUGCCGAGGCAACAACUGCAUUAUCAGGGCUGCAGGGAUUUCGUUUGAACGCUACUCAUACUAUGGAAAUUGAAUAUGCAAAAAGCGCCAUCUAG